CAACACUUUUAAAGGCCGGAUCUUGGCCAUUUGACUGCCAUGGCGGGUCGGAUUGUAUCAGCAACAUAUGCUGAUAUUGAUGUGCUUGACAAGAUAGCUCGGAGGACCUCGGCAGCUGCCAGGCGCUGGUGCUGGAGAUGCCCGACCAAGAUGCCCUGAAGGCAGGCGAGACGUCGAUCUUUCUUUUUCAAGCUGAAGGAUUCGAUGCUCGGCGGAGCAAUCAGUCGAAGCGGUGCUACGUAGACGUUUUCCUGCUGGAUGAUGGCAAGGUGUGCUCCGAGACUCCUGUGAUGUCCACGCGAGAGCUUGGGAUAUGGUGGGGCCGUCAAACGCCAGCACAUCGGAUCCAUGUGGGGGAAGGAAGUCCGCAACCAUCUGUGCCCGCUGGCUGCAAGUUGCUGCUGGUGGUCGUACCGCAGCCGGGGACCGAGGAGCGCGAGCCGCUGAGAGACGGCGAGAAGUUCUUCUUGCGAAUGGCGUCCAGGCCACACCACCAGCGCUCCACGGAGUUCACACGCUUUUCCGAUUUCCUGCCUGCCAGGAUCAAGCACCGUACACUGGUUGCCGCCAAGUACAAUGAGACAGAUGUCACAAACCAAGUCAUCAAUAUCUAUGACGCGGAGUUGAAUGACGUCAAGUCUUCCGGCGGCACGUGUGGUCAAGAAGGGGAUGAUUUCGUCUUCACCAACUUCAACGCUUUGUUGGGGGAUCCCGCACCAGGCGUCCCAAAGCAGCUGGCAGUAACCUUCCAGGUGGAUGGUGAGGAGCAGACUGUGACCGCCGCAGAGUCGGAGUGGAUGCGCCUGCCGCGCCCCAGGCAUGAGAACACCGAGUGUCCCGACUACGACGAGUUCGGAGAUUGGACCUGGGGCAUCAGGCACGCCACCUUUGGGCCCCUGGAUGUCACAGCAGUCCUGCGGGGCGUGUUGUGCGAAUUGGGCGGCAAGUUGGAGAUCUUAAAGAAGUUCGGGGAGAAGGGCGAGACCAAUCUGGGCGAAACCGAUCUCUUCGGUGACCCGCAGCCGGGAGUGCCCAAGAAGCUCACGGUGAAGUAUGUGGAUGGCGAGCAGACCUGGGAUGAAAGCCAAGAAGUACGCAUAGACCGCAGCCACUGGAAGCCAUCCGAGCCCUGGUCUCCGGCGAGGGCGGGUGCAGGGCGUGGGGUGGCCCUGGCAAAGGAGACCAGGCCAAGCUGAUUCCUUCAAAGUCAGGAGCAGUUUGGCGAUUGUUUUGUUAUGCAUCAGCCUGCAGGCAAGUUUGAAGAUGUGUUGACGUUUGGAUUAUGUUGCCUGCGGCACCAACAUGGUGCCGCCCUGCGUGCCAACAUGGCACGCAGCAUGCCUGAGCGCCAA